CGCCUGUAAGACAUGUGGGAAGGGAGCAGUUCCGGUUUCGCGAUUUUCUCUCUUGGAAAAAUGGUGCGGGGGGAGCAAUUCAGAAUUACGCUUGGAGUUAAUAAAUAACAUUUUCGCUUCAUUUUGAUGGAUGCCAGAGACAAGCAGGUUCUGCGCUCUUUGCGCCUGGAGCUAUGUGCAGAACUGCUGGUUGAGGGCCUUGUCAUUCAAUAUCUUUAUCAAGAAGAAAUUCUAACAGAUAACCACAUGCAAGAAAUAAGGGCCCAAGUUACUAACCAAAGGAAAACUCUGAUGCUUCUUGACAUCCUUCCAACAAGAGGACCUAAGGCAUUUGAGGCAUUUCUAGAAUCCUUACAAGAGUUUCCAUGGGUGAGAGAAAAACUUGAGUCAAAGCGCAAUGAAGUUGUGCUAAUGACUCCUGCAGAUGAUCAGCUAUUCAGAUUUCCACAACAGAUUUUGAAGAAACCUCCAACCGAUCAACAGAUCAACAAACUUGCUCAGAGACUUGGACCUGAAUGGGAGUACAUUAUAUUGUCUCUUGGCUUGACCCAAAAUGACAUUUACCGUUGUAAAGCCGACCACCCAUACAAUAUACAAUCACAGAUUGUAAGUGCCUUCAUUUUAUGGCGGCAGCGUUUGGGGAAUAAAGCUACCCUGGAGAGUCUGUGUACUGGUUUGAAAUUUGGAGAAAUAGAUUCUUCAGUAAUGCAGCAGUUGUUUCAGUGAAGGUUGAAACAGCAUCAGAGCUGGAUUGGAUCAAGUCAGAAGUUAUGGAAAGCCCACAUCCUGGUCAUGACUUCGGUAACUGCCUGGUAUUCUCCCUCACAUUCCCUACCAGUUGGCCUCAACAUGCUAAUAUUGAUUCCUGCAGCAAGUAUAUUGCCAUCAUGAUGAGUAGCCAUUGGUAGCCUUUUCCCAUAUGGAGUCUCCUAAUCUCAUGCCUUCACAUGGCAAAGCCACUUUUGAGAUAAGAUACUGUCAAAAAGAUUUUGGUUUUUCAUGAGAUCCUGUUGUGUGGAUGAGAAAUUAGUGUUGAAAACUGCACCAAUGCUGUGCAAGCCUUCUGCAAUACCAAAGCACUCUUCUCUUGGCCUUAAUUACCUUUAUUAAUAGCAGUAAGCUGAUCCAGUAGCACAAUCAGAAGGAAAGGGCUGUCAUCACUGAAUACCUACAAAGGAUAACAGUCUUAUAUUAGACAUGCAAGGAAGCAGAGCAAGCACCUGGAAUUACUACUUUGUGUUAUGCACCCAACCAGUUGGUGGCUGUGCUUUUUUAUGUUAAUGUCUAGGAGAGUUAUAAUGUGCUGUCUAUUUUUAAAGAGUGCAUAUUGUGAAUUCUUACAAUCAUAAAAAAUAGAAGAGUCAAAAAUAAACUGUGUUUUGUUAUAUGAGUUCUGACUAAUCAUUGCAAAAGUUACUUAAGUCAUGGACUGAAUUUGAUCUUGAUGGACUGUGCUGGCUGUACUCUGCAUUCUGUACUUUGUCUAUAAGAACUAAUAAUACUAAUA